CCUGUAAAGCCAUUACAUUACAUUAAAUACUCCUAUUUAAACUCAAAAAAACUCUCUCUCUCUCUCUCUCUCUCUCUCUCUCUCUCUCUCUCUCUCUCUCUCUGAUGGAUUCCAGUGGUGCCAUGUUCUUCCUCUUCCUCUCUCUGGUUCUGGCACAACCAAGUUCAUGUUUUUCAUCUCAGGUUUAUAUAGUGUACAUGGGAAGAGCAAACAGUGAUGAUCCAUAUGACAUCUUGAAGCAAAACCACCAAAUGCUCACUGCUGUUCAUGAAGGAAGCAUGGAGGAAGCACAAGCAUCUCAUGUUUACAGUUACAGCAAUGGUUUCAGAGGUUUUGCAGCAAGGUUAACUGAGAAGCAAGCUUCUGAAUGGCUGAUGCCUGGUGUGGUCUCGGUUUUUCCGAACACGAAGAGAACCCUCCACACAACACAUUCAUGGGAUUUUCUGGGUCUAUCGACGGACGCGUCGACGGAGAUCCCGGGCUUCUCUACCAAGAACCAAGAGAAUGUGAUCAUCGGAUUCAUCGACACAGGAAUAUGGCCAGAAUCACCAAGUUUCAGUGAUGAUGGGAUGCCUCCGGUGCCUCCGAGAUGGAAAGGGCUGUGCCAAGGAGAAGAAGAUCCAUCCUUCAACUUCACUUGUAACAAGAAAAUAAUAGGAGCAAGAUAUUACCUUGGCGGAUACGAAGCAGAAGAGAAGAGCGGCGAUGACCGCACAAAAGCAGAUGAUAAGACAAUCAAAUUCAAAUCUCCGAGAGACAGCUCAGGACAUGGGAGCCACACUGCAUCGAUCGCAGCCGGACGGUACGUGGCAAACACAAACUACAAAGGGUUGGCAAGUGGAGGUGCGAGGGGGGGGGCUCCGAUGGCUAGGAUUGCAGUAUACAAAGCAUGUUGGGAUUCGGGCUGCUACGAUGCUGACUUGUUAGCUGCUUUUGAAGAUGCAAUUAAAGAUGGAGUUGACAUUCUCUCGGUGUCGUUAGGCCCGGACUCUCCUCAGGGAGAUUACUUCAGUGAUUCAAUCUCUAUAGGCUCAUUUCAUGCAACUAGCCAUGGAAUUCUUGUAGUUUCUUCUGCUGGGAACGCGGGAGCUCCAGGCUCUGCUACUAACCUCGCACCGUGGAUGCUCACUGUCGCCGCCAGUUCGACAGAUAGAGAUUUUGGUUCCUAUAUCUUGCUUGGAAAUGGUACUUCCAUAAUGGGUGAGAGUCUGAACACAUUUCGGAUGAACACAUCAAGGAGAACCAUUCCGGCUUCAGAAGCCAAUGCUGGGUAUUUCACUCCGUAUCAGUCCAGUUUCUGCCUAGAUAGCUCUUUAAAUAGGACAAAGGUCAAGGGAAAGAUCAUCGUGUGUCGCCAUAUGGAUAGUACUUCGGAGUCGAGGUUAACAAAGAGCUUGGUGGUUAAGAAAGCGGGGGGAGUUGGGAUGAUUCUGAUAGAUGAAUCAGAAGAUCAUGUUGCUGUCCCCUUUGUCAUCCCAGCUUCUACUGUUGGGAAAGCAAUGGGUGAUACAAUUCUUUCUUACAUUAACAGCACCAGGAGAGCAAGAUCAACUAUUUUCCCCGCGAGGACAAUCUUGGGAUCUCGAGCAGCCCCUCGAGUUGCUGCAUUCUCUUCCAGAGGACCUAAUUCACUGACAGCAGAGAUUUUGAAGCCGGACGUCGCUGCUCCAGGUCUGAAUAUCUUAGCAGCUUGGUCUCCUGCUAAGAACAACAUGAACUUCAAUAUCCUCUCUGGAACUUCUAUGUCAUGUCCUCAUGUUACUGGACUCGCCGCUCUAGUUAAAGCUGUUUAUCCCUCAUGGUCUCCUACUGCAAUCAAGUCGGCGAUAAUGACAACAGCAACUGUAUUGGACAAGAACCGCCACGCCAUCGUCUCAGACCCUGAUGGAAGAGUGGCAAAUCCAUUUGACUAUGGCUCGGGCUUCGUAGAUACUAAUAGACUCCUAAAUCCAGGGCUCAUCUAUGAUGCACGUUCCGAAGAUUAUAAGUCCUUCCUCUGUUCGAUAGGCUAUGACGAUCAGUCCUUACAACUAGUUACAGGAGACAAAAGCAUAUGCACUCGGCCUGUUCCAACUGCUUCUAAUCUCAACUAUCCCUCGAUCACGGUACCAAAUGUGAAGAAGAGCCAUUUUGUCACCCGAACCCUAACAAAUAUAGGGAAAGCAGGAAGUGUUUAUCAAGCCGUGGUGUCUCCGCUUAAAGGCAUUAAUGUAACAGUGAUUCCGAAUGUUCUUGUUUUCGAGGGCUAUGGAAUAAAGAAGAACUUCACAGUGACGUUUACGGUGGCCAAGCCUUCUCGGGAUUAUGUAUUUGGGUCCUUGUCAUGGAAGGGAAAAGAUACUCAAGUGACCAGCCCAUUGGCUGUCAGAGUUCGAGUGAACGGAGAAGGAACGAUCUGAUAACUAAGUUAAAGAUUCAUCAUACAGUGAUACGAAUCAGAAGAUGAUACGUACAAAUGAAAAUUUGAACAAGAAUUUACACACCAAAGAGUCCAUACAGAUGCUGAUUUAAAAAAGAGCUGAAAUUUGAAUGGCUCUGAUAUUCAACUUCAGAAUGAAAGAUAACUUGUAUAAAUUAGUAGAACAUUAGUUCUUCAGAUCAUCUGCUAGUAUUUUUGCUGAUAUCUACAUACCAAAGAAGAACCCUCAUAUAGGAAUUUAAGUAGGGAUUGAAAAAUGAAUAGCUGAAUUUUCGACGUGAGCAGCUCAAAGUUGGCAACAUUGUCUUCACCUUUAUAUGACCAUAUGAGAAGCUUAUUCAUAAUUCAA